GACACUAGCACGCAGCGGCUCGGAGCUCGGGUCCCAGCACAACGCAGAGACGCUGAAUACACAGGCAUCGCACGUCUAGGGCAAGAUUUAUACGGGCAUUGAUCGCCUGUGCAAUUUCUAUCAACAGCCGAGGCCUUGUGACCAGGUAGACCAGCCUGACCAGGGAGACCAUAAAAUGGAGCAAUCACCCGAGGAGACCCGCCGGGCGCCUCUCCUGAGCGAAGCGCCGCCAUCACCAAUGCACGAUGCCGAAGAGAUGGAAGAGAUCGAGUGCGGUAAGGUCGAAGCAGUGUGUCGGUGCUGCGGCGCGUGCCAGGGCGGCCCGCAGCACGACGUCGCCGCGGCGAAUAAAUGUGUGACCCGUCUUCUCGCCUGGAUCGCAAUGAAUUUGCUCGUAUAUGCGGGUCAACGUGCCAUGGUCGCCGCGGGCCUGCCAUCCGACGGUAUCGACCCAACCGGGCGUCGCGCGACGUUCAUCCUAGAAAGCGUCCAGAUGCUCAUCCUUCACGCGUGCGGCACAGCCAUUUUCGCGCACGUGCUCGCGCCCGAGCGACGACUACUGACUCGCUGGACGGCAAACGCGGGCUUCUUCGUCGUCGCGUCAGUCACAGGAUGCGUAUUCAGCCUGCUGUCCGAUCUCACGCCGCUCGAAACGUCGCUGUCGUCCAGGGGCGGCGAGGGCGCGGCCUACAUCGCCGUCUCGUGUGCUGUCGCAUUUUUUGUUCUUCUCGGAUUGUGGUUUCAUGUGUGGUAUGCGCGGCGGUCGAGCACGAAACUCGGCGUCAUGCCGUAUCUGGCACCACGCCUGGCCGUCGUCGGCGCGUAUGCCGCGUACAUCAUCGUCCUAGACGUCAAUAAUGAUGCGUGGGAGCUCCAUCACUAUCUCAUCGCGUGGAUUGGAACGCUGUUCUGUGCCUUCGACCACCCUGCCUCUGUGGUCUGCCUGGCCAUCACGACGGGCAUCUUCGUCCAGGGCCUCGCCGCGUACGGCCCGGCGGAGAUCUCCGACCGGCGGGCGGAAUACGUCGACUGGUCACCCAAUGGUCCCGGGUAAGAAAGUAUGGAC